AUGGAACGCGCUGAACGAUGGCGUCCUAAUGGCGUCACUGUCGUUGUCACUGCUGGAGGAGAGAAGCUGACCAGGAACUCCGGCGUGACGCGGAAGAGGAAUGGAAUUCCUGGUAGGAUUCUUGCCGCUCGAGGAGCAGAGCCCUCAGGAGGUCGUCCAAAGCCCGAAUCCGGUCUCGGGUAUUUUGCAUGUUGCCACCCGCUCCAGAUUGAUGGGCGAACGACGGGGAUUGAACCCGCGCGUGGUGGAUUCACAAUCCACUGCCUUGAUCCACUUGGCUACAUCCGCCCCUACCCCCGCACUGGUUUUAGUCUCUAUCUACGAUCAGAUUCUUUCUGA